AUGAGGGUAGGGUUUAUACUUCACAAGUACUUAUCAGAUACGUUUGCCGAUGUAUACGCUAGUGAACUUGAUGGAUCUAUCAAUGUUUUCUUUGAUGAAGAUUCUACUGAUUCUGGAAGAAUCACAAGUGACCUUCACGUUAUCGUACUCACCACUAAGGCAAAAUCAGUGUACAUUUCUCUCUCUAAUAACUACAAGCCUAGACUAUUCGCUAUCCUUUAUUUCGAAUUAGCUGACAUAAUAAAAAACGCUAUUAAGUCUGGCAGAGAUUCAAAAAGUUCUAAAUCUAGAAGAGGCACUAUCAUAUGCUUUACCACUUCUAAAUUAUCCCCGAUGCUUGCGAAUCGAAAACUUAAAGGCUGUCUCAAAGACGUACUAUCUGAAAUACAUCUUUGGGAAGGCUCUCUCAAAGACGUAUCAUCUGAAAUUAAAAAGGAGGUAUUGAGCAAAUUAAUGGAGUAUACAAGACGAAAUACCAAAGCCACCGGUAUAUCUGACUUCAAUUGUCAUAAAGUUGCAAUUGCGAAAUUGGAUAAUAAAGACUUUACGUUAUUGUUGCCAAUUGAAGUCAAAAGGAAAAACAUAUAA